AUGGCAUCACUAACAAAAGACGAUGAAUUAUGUUCAUUUGAUGUACCAGAAACAGAACGUCAUCCGAGUGGUUAUACAAUUUAUAAAAUUGUAUUACAAGUUACACCAAAAGAACUAACAGAAAAUAGUUAUCAACUAAUUUAUUGGAAACGAUAUAAUGAUAUUCGAAAAUUUUACGAUAUUCUUCAUCGUUAUCAUCAAGCUAUUUUUCGUCCUGGUAAAUUUCCUGAUUUUCCAGAUAAACCACGAUUUAUGGAACGUUUUGAUCCAGUUAUUGUUGAAGAAAGACGUGUUGCUACUAAACAUUUUCUUAAUUAUGCUUUACAACAUUUGUAUUUACGUACACAUGAUGCUUAUUUAAAUUUUUUUCAGAAAGGUGAAAAAAUUCUAUUACCGGAUGUUGAAACAGCUACAUUACAACCAGAAAUAGUCAAUCCACAACCACAAACACCUACUAAUAUCAUCUCGAAUUCACCAUCAAUUACAACAAAUGAACCAGUAAUAGAAUUAAAACAAGAUGAACUUUUAUUUACGAAUGAUGAAGAAGAAAAAAUCGAACAUGUAACUAAUACAUGUGUUAAAAUACUUGAAGAUCUAAGUGAUCUUCAAUUUGAACAACAAGAACAAAUGAAUAAGGAAAAAGAAGAAUUUGAUUUAAUUCAAGAAGAAGUUAAUGAAGCUGCAAAUUUACUUUCACUACCAUUGGCAACAACUACAAAUAAAAAUACUUCGUCCUAA